UUUUAUUUGGGAACUGCCGCAAGAGAAUCAAAUGUCAGUGCUGUAUACAAAACAUCGUUUGGUAUUCUUGUGUACAACAAGUGCGCGUAGUGUUUUUCACUGAACCGGGAGGUUCACCCAUCUCUGCUUUAUGACUCGCGACUGUCUCGAGCUGAUUUUCAACUGUUCUGCUGUAACCAGAUGCCCUCGUCUGCUUCACUUGUUGACGCUUCAAGUUGUACCUGAGCGAACCUGAGAACUGACAAAUCUCUCGCCAUCUUACGCGUGGAUUUCUUGAGACAAUAGUGAUCUUGGCUUGCGGUUUCUUCGCGUAUUAAGUCUUCUUUUUUUGUUAAAAUGAUACCUCACUCAAAAGUGUUUAUCGGAGGUCUUCCGUCCGGCUCUAAGCCGCAUGAAUUGCGACGGCUCUUCGAGAACUAUGGAGUCGUGACUGAAUGUGAUAUUAUGAAUCGAUGCGGCUUCGUACAUAUGGAGAGUCCGCAGAUGGCAGACAACGCUAUUCGAGGCCUGCACAAUACGACUUUCAAAGGAGCAGUGAUAUACGUGGAACCAGGACGUCCUAAAGAUAGAAACAGGAGUGCUGGUGGCGGAGGGAGCGGCGGAAUGGGACGCGGUGGACCUGUUGGCGGACCCAAUCAACGAAUUGGCGGUGGAGGCGGCGGAGACAAUAUAGGACCAAUGCAGCAAAGAACAAAUUUCGACAAUGCACGAGCGGGUCCGGGAACCCAGGGACCUCCGAAAGGCAGACAGGCAGGUGGUAGCAACUUUGGUCCCAUGCGACGGGACCGCAAUUUCAACGGGGGCCCACGCAGAGGUCCAGAGCCGUACAGCAGAGAUGGCCGAAGAAGCGGCAACAACUAUCAGGAGGGCUUCCAAAGCGGUGGAAAUCGCAAUUUUGACUUAAAUGAUGGUCCUAAUAAUUUCAAUAGUGGCCCAAUGAAUAAUUUCAGUGGUCCUGGUGGAAAUAUGGGAAUGGAUAGUUUCGGCGGUGCGAGAAACAGUGCCGGUAACUUUGGAAUGGGCAAUCAAGACAAAAGGGGAUUCGCACUUCCCGAUCAAUCGUUUAGCAAUAAUUGUGGCCCGAUGCUGGGACCAAACCAAAACAUGGGAAUGGUUCAGGGAGGAGGGGGUGGAGGUUCGUUCGGCAAUAAUUCAAAUUCGUUCAACAGAUCAGGGGGAAUGAAUGCAAGUCCAAAUUGGGGUGGAGGGUUUGGUGGUAAUUCAAGUCCAUUCAAUAGAUCUGCUGGAAAUGGAAAUAUGAACCAAUCAAACAGACAAUAUGGUCAGCAAGGCCGAGGAGGUCCGAUGAACCAAGGAGGAGGCCAAAAUCAAGGAGGAUUUCCUUUGAAUCAAAACUACAACGAAGCUUUUCCCCCACUUGGAGUAAAUAGAGGAAACAGUGGGGGACGAAAUGGACCACCUGGAUUUAGGAACAACUUCGGUAUGAGGAAUGGAGGUUUUAACCGAGGAGGCAAUAUGGGAAAUCGCAAUGGGCCGCCACGGCGAGAUAAUAUGAUGUCGAAUCGUCGCUAAUAUUUUCUAAGCACAAAUAAUCUAUUGUACAGUUACAAAACACUACCAUAAACAAAGCACAUUAGCCACUCUCAUUUGGGUACAAAUUUCUGGAAUUGCGAAGUUAUUCUUUAAGCGAAACCCAACAAACACUUCUUAAACAUAAGCAACGAAUCUGAGAAACCUGUUAUUGAGUUAAGUUUACGUUUAACGGACAUAUAUCAAAAUAUUCCUUGGGGGAGGAAGCUAAUUUUAGGAUGUUUUGUAUUCUCUCAAUUGUAACACUUCGCAUUAUAUACUUUAGUAAUUAGAAUUUUAUAGUAAAUACGCAAACAAAACUA